AUGGUCGAGGAUCCAGUGACGUUCGACUAUCUCCCAUUAGAGAUACAGCGUCACGUCUUAUGGUUUCUCGACGUGCCCCUGGUCUGUCGGGCGUGCGUGGCGUUCGCUGCCUCGAGAGGAGCACAGGCCGCCGCCGAUAUCCUCGCUGAUGAGGUGGUGGAAGUAUGCCCCACGUCGCUACCGGGGAGUGAGGACGAUAUUGACUUUGCAUUACUCGCUCAGCUACCUCCGUGCAAGGUGUUUGUGAAUGUUUCCUUCGGCCGAUGGCGGGGCGUCGUGGCUCGCCUCAACCAGGUGAAAUCUUUCAGGCUGCUCGAAGUGACCCUCGACGGCGACUAUGACCCACUUUCAGGCAACUUCCGAUUUCUUCGACACCCGAUUGACAAGCUCAAUCUCAAGUAUCUCACCAUUCUGGACUACGACAUCCCGAAUUGCGUGAAGCUGUUGACAGUCCACUCGUGCGAGGUAGCAUAUCUGUUCAUGAGGCAUUUGGAGAACCUUGAGACUUUGAGUAUACUGGGAAUGGCGUUUCCUCCAUCGUUACCUGAACUGCUAGUUGACGUCACCCUUCCUGACGAUUGGGCGAUAACCUUUGACCCGUUCUGUUUACCGAACUUAACCGCUACCAACAUUGCAAUAAGUGGCGAUCUUUGCUGGCAAAAAAUGACAAAGCUAACCAAUUAUUUUAUCCCCUGUGAACUGAAAUUGACUGAGUUGAAACACAUCGUUGUCGGUGACAAGCGCGGGUUGGACUCGUUCAAGCUGUCUAAAUGCCCUAAUCUCGAGACGGUGUGGGUAAGCCGUUCCACCUUCCUUCAUCCCUGGGAUACCGACGCCCUGGUUCUAUUCACUGAGGCGCAAAUGGCAAAACUUACUGAGUUGAUGCUAUUUGACUACCACAUAUCUGACUUUACUCCAUUUUCACUGCUUAAAGUGGCGCGGGUGAUCUUGAAUGAGCCUCUCACCGAAAAUCUCCCUUUGCCGCCCACUCUAACCGAUUUUGAGAUCGACACCGCGUAUCCCAUCGAGGGAAUUCCACCCCAAUUGAAGUCGUUACUUGUCAUCAACCUAAACGAAAACGACAAGAGCGACGUGGUUAUUGAUGCCCCCAACAUUCGCAAGUUGGUUUGGUGCAACUACCACAACCUCACGCUCAAGUGUCCAAGACUUACCGAUUUCUCAGUAUCGACAGUGACGGGCAAGAUGGAGUUGGAUGCUCCCAAUUUAGUAAAGCUCGACUUUCAGCCGUUCGACCAAUACUAUCCGUUUGAAAAACAUCCAUUGUUAUCAACCUUAGAUUUACAUGGCGACACCUGGAAGGAUAUAGUGGUACCGCAUCCUCUACAGUCACUCGUGUUGAAUGACGUCGUACUAGAGACUCUCGAGGUUGACGCCAAAAGGGUUGAGAUAGUCGACAGUAUUAUGACCGGUCGAGUUAUUAUCAAAGCGGACCUGGUGUAUACGGACAUUGCGAUGCAUGAUGCGGACGUGAGUAUAGAUUGCCGGAUCCUAGAGACGCCUAUCAUGUACCCGGUGAGCUAUACUGGGGUGGAACAACUCACCCUUCUCGAAAGCGAUGACCCCGUCGAAUGCGACUUUUUCGAAAACUUCACUAAGCUCACUCACCUUGAGUUGCAGUCGUUGAAGAUUGAGUGUUCCCAGCUUUCUCCAUUGGUGAUUCCGGCAUCGGUGAAAUCAUUGACGUUGGUGAAUUGCACCAGUGAUGAGUUCUGGUUUCACUUUGAGGAUGAAACCCAACUUGAAUAUUUGGGAAUAACUUACUGGAAUAACAGCGAUGACGAUACAAGCAAAGAAGAAAUAAACGUCGCCUACUUCACCCAGGAGACGCUUGGCUUGACGGCAAUGCCCCCUUCAUAUUAUUGCCCCGGGCUUAAAGGUGGCGUGGUGACUCAAUUCAAACGGCCUCGCAUCGAGAUGGCAUGA